CUCGAACAGGAUGGGUGAAACCGAAGGCGAAACCGCGGCAGCCGAUGCCCGUGGCUCAGAGGAGCCAGAGGCAGCACCAGCCCAGGAUACUCUCCAAGUGCCAGCGCAAAAGAAACGCAAGCUGAAGUCCCCGACUCCGGGAAGUCUGCGUGGCCGUAGUGCCACUCCCAUUCGUGGACGCAGUCAGACACCCUUCACCCUCUACAUGACCAGGCGUAGUGCCACACCAUCGACAUGGCGCAGCAUUACUCCCUUCCUGAAGCGUGAGGAAAAGGAAAAGACUCCCUUCGAAUUGGGUCGCGAUCUCAAGACCCUGCUGACCUGUAACACCGCCGUCUUUGAUCGUGCCCUCGUUAUGGACAUUUCCGAACCUUUGGAGGCCCAGAAACCUGUACGUUACAUAACCUCUGAUAUGUCCGUCAUUGAUCGUGCCGCUGUUAUGGACGUCUCCAACGUUGAGGUUAUCUACGUCGUUGAAGAGUACGAAGAAUACGAAGAGGAGGAGGAAGAGAUCGUUGUCGAGGAGGUGAAACCCAAGAAGAAGGGUAAGGGUGCCAAAAAGGAACGCAAACCCAGACGUUCGGCCGACAAGGAAGGCUCCGCCGAGGCUGGCCUCUCAGAAAGCGAAGGUGGCGGCGAUGAAGGCGGUUCGCGUGAGGAUCGCGAAGAAAGCCUUGACCUAGAUGAAGGCGACGAACCCGAAAAGGGUAAGAAGGGCAAAAAGAAGGCCGCCCCCAAGAAGAAGGAGAAAAAGGAAAAGUCUCCCAGUCCCAAGUUGACUUUGAAACUUGAGUCGGGUGGUGGUUCAAAGGCCAACAAGAAAAUGUUUGAAGAAAAGCAACAACAACCAGCUGGUCCUGGUCCCAAGCCUCCACCAAAGAAGAGCAAACUGGCCCUGCAAAUGGAGGAGCAAGCCAAGGCCGCCGCCAAGGCUGCUGAGGAGGAGGCUGCCAAGGCUGCGGCCAAACCCAAGGGUGAAACCUUUGAGGAGCGUCAAAAGCGUCUCAAGGCCGAGGAGGAGGAACGCGAACGCGAAGAGGCCGAACGCCGUGCCCAAGAGGAGGCCGAGGCUGCCGAAGCCGAGGAGGAAGAAGAAGGCGGCGAAGAGGGCGAAUCCGGUGAAGGUGAGGAGGGUAGCUCACGUUACGAAGAAUCCCGUUACGACGAAGACGACGAGGAGCAGGAACAAAACGAAGACGAAGAAAUGGAUGAGGUCAGCGAAUUGCCCACCGAGACAAGACGUAGCAGCAGUUCAUCCGAAGGCUUUACACGUCCCGAUCCCGACGACGAGGAACGUUGGAAACAAAUUGCCGAAGAGGAGGGUGAAGAAUUCGCCACCCAAUUGCGUAAAUACAGCAUCGCUGUGCGUCGCAGCGAGAAACAACGUGACGAGGAAUGGAAACGUAUGCGUGAGCAGAAACGUCUGCCCCACUUCAUUGUUUUCCUUUCCGAUCGUACCGUCGAGGCUGGUCACAAUGUCCGUUUGGCCUGUGCCGUCGGUGGACCUGAGCUAUCCGUUAAAUGGUUUAAGGAUGGUCGCCAACUGGAACGUGACUCGACACAUCGCAUUAUCAACAAUAAUAAUAUUUUAGCUUUAGAAGUAGUGAAUACAACGAUUUUGGACUCGGGAGAAUACUCCUGUGUCAUAGCGAAUAUGAACGAUGAGGUCACAUCGUCAUGUUAUGUGACCAUUUACGAAGUAUUUAAAGAUCAACCGGCACCACCGUCGUUUAAAUUGGUCAGAGAAUACUACCACUUGCGUGACGAUGAAUUGACCAUCGAGGUGCACAUCCAUGGUGUACCCCGCCCUGUGGUCACCUGGUGGCGUGGCAUGUUUGAAAUCAAACCCAAUGUUAAGUUCACCAAAUUGGAAGAGGCCCAUGGCGUCUACAAGCUGUUGAUCUACAAACCGAAUAAUCGCGAUAGCGGUGCCUAUCUCUGCAAGGCCAUUAACUCCAGUGGUGAAGCUCAGAUUACCCACUCGAUUGAGGUGGGUAAGAAUCUGCAUUAUCAUAUUCCGGGUAUUUUCCAUGCUCGCGGUCGUUUGAGCAAGGUAAAGGAAGAGGAGGCCCGCAAGGCCAUGGAAGAAGCCAUGAAAUCGAAGGGCGAUUCAGAUCGUCGUCGUGCCGAAGCAGCAGCAGAGGCUAGAUCUCGAGCUCCACGUGCCUCACCUGAACCCUUGGUGGCGGCUAAGCAGAAAUUGCAAUUUGCCACCCAAUUGAGAGAUCGCAUGGCCCUGGAGGGUACCACGGUGAGGUUUGUCUGUACCGUCAUUGGUCCCUCGCCCAAUUGCCGCUGGAUGAAGGAUGACGAAUGGGUGAAGUAUAGCGAAACGGUCAAGAACCUUAGCGAAGAAGGAAAGGCCAUUAUUGAGCUGCAAAAUGUGACGAGCGAUUCGUCGGGUGUUUACAAGUGUGUGGCACGCAACGAUUACAGUGAAAUUGACACCUCGUGCUACUUUAAGGUGUAUUCGGCCAAGACGGAUGGCGAUGAGCAUGAACCGAUUUUUGCCUUGCCACUUCGAGAUGUCUAUCACUCUUCACAAAACGAUCUGAUUCUCGACACGAAAAUCCGCGGCAACCCACGUCCCGUCAUUACAUGGACCAAAGACCAACUGCCCGUUGUGCUCGACGAUCGCGUCGUACAGAUCGAACAUUUGGAUGGCAUUUGCGAGCUAAUCAUUAACAAGCCCACACCGGCGGACAGCGGAAACUACACCUGUAUUGCCACCAACAAAUUGGGCUCGCAGCAAACCUCUCACAGUGUCGUUGUCGAUAUCCAGCACAGUUCCAGACGUUCGAGUGUUUUGUCCGGUGCCAUGUCCGAAGCCGACAGCCAGGGUGGCAAGAAGGAGCGUCCCCAACGCUUGCCCAAAUCGAGCAAAGAUGAAGAGGGUAGCGGCACGUAUGAGCGUCGCAGCCGUAUGCCUGAACCACCACCAAGAUCGAUGUUGUAUUUCGAUGCUAACAUUUCGAAUCGUUAUGUUGCCGUCGGUUCCAAGGUUAAGCUACAGGCUGUGGUCAAUGGACCCAACCCGACAUGUAAAUGGACCAAAGAUGACCAGAAUGUCCAGUAUGGACCACGUAUUCGCAAUAUGAAUCGUGAUAGCUUGGCUUCGUUGGAAUUCUUGAAUUGUCAGCCGGAGGAUUCGGGUACCUAUACCCUAACCGCCCAGAAUGAAUACUGUAAGAUCACACAGACGGCGAAGUUGUAUGUGUACUCGCCGACAACAGGAAGUGAAACGGAACCGGUAUUUGUGCGUCCCGUUAAAGAAACCUAUCACUUGAACACCAAUGAAUUGAUUUUGGAAACCGGUGUUCGCGGUGAACCCACACCCACUAUUCAAUGGCUCAAGGAUAAUAUCGACAUUGAGGAGGGUGGACGCAUUCACAAGUUCCAUCAUGCCGAUGGUACUCUGGAAUUGGUUAUCGAUUGCCCCAAUCCCAAGGAUAAGGGCAAAUACAUCGUUCGUGCCGAGAAUAGUGCUGGCAAGGCGGAGAUUACCCAUUUGGUUGCCUUCGAGGGCAAGGAACAUCACAUUGCCGACAAUAUCCAUGGUGUCUUCCAUGCCGAUAAGAGCUUGCUGAAACCGAAACAGGUGGAGGAAGAGAAACCCAAGGCGGCUCCAGCCUCUGCGGCUGAUGCCAGCGACAGUGAGACGGAUAGUAAGGGUAAGAAGAAGGUACGCAAGCCACGCAAGGAUGAUGAAUCGGAGGCAGAAGCGGCUUCGGCAUCGAUUUAUGUCUCGGAUGUGGCCUCGGAAACCGGAUCGCUGAAGAAACGUGAAAAGGUGAUUGGUAUCUAUUUCCCCACAAACAUGAAAGAUCGUGUGGUUGCCGAGGGUUCGAAAGUAAAGAUUUCCUGCUUCUUGGAGUCCAAGGAACCUCAAGUGAAAUGGUUCAAGAAUGGUGAACCAUUGCAGAAUUCACCCAAGUGUCGUGGCCGCUACAAUGAGGGUCUGUGUAUUUUGGAAAUCCCGGCGGCCACUUUGGAAGAUGCUGGUGAAUAUAAAUGUUGGGCCCGUGAUGAAACCGGUGAGGCAUCGACCUUCUGUCGUUUGGAAGUUUAUUCCGAUCCUGGAUCCGGCGAUACCCCACCCACCUUUACCCGUAACAUUAAGGACACCUAUCAUGGCAAGCUGCAUGAAUUGCAAUUGGAUGUCCAUGUACGCGGUCUGCCCACACCCACCAUUACCUGGGUGAAGGAUGGUGUGGUCAUUGAACCCAAUGACAAGUAUCAGACCACAGAACAUGAAGAUGGUACCUGUGAGCUGUUCAUUAUGGAUCCCACUCCACAGGAUAGUGGUAAAUAUGUUUGCCAGGCAGAGAAUCGUGAAGGUACAGCGGAAAUUACCCACAUGGUCACGGUGAAACCUAAGGUGCGUAGACCUGUUUCGCCAGGACGCGAUAGACCACCCGUGAAGCCUCAAGGCGAUGAAACCGAGGAGGAGAAAGCCGAAAGGAAAAAGAAACGUGAAGAAGAUGAGGAGAGCAGUGGUGGUGGCCGUAGACAUGGUGCCGGUCCACCACCAGACCUUAAGAAAUUCCUAUACUUUAGAAAUUUCCUAUCGAAUCGUACCGUCAAGGCUGGCACGAAUGUCAAAUGGAUGGUGGCCAUUGAUGGGCCCGAUCCAACUGCUCGCUGGUUCUUUGGCGAUCAACCGAUUGCCUUUGGACCCAAGAGUAAACUGUCGAUGCAGGAUGGUAUUGCCUGGUUGAAUUUGAUUGAUGUUACAGAGGAGCAAAGCGGUACCUAUACCCUGAAGGUUAAGGGUUCGGAAAAUGAAAUUGUCUCGUCGUGCAAUUUGUUUGUCUAUUCGACGGGCAAGGAAGAGGUAAUUGCACCCGUUUUUACCAAAGGCAUUAAAGACACUUAUUCUCUGACAGAAAAUGAGUUGGUAUUGGAAUGCCGUGUCCGCGGUAAACCACGUCCCGAAGUACAAUGGCUAAAGGGUACUGAGAUUUUAAUACCCGGCGAAAAAUAUACCCAAAUCGAUGCCGAUGAUGGCCAAUCGAAGUUGAUUGUACACAACCCGACGGAGAAGGAUGCCGGCCUGUAUGGCUGUGUUGCCCGUAAUGAGGGUGCCGAAACCAAGAUUACCCAUCAAGUCGAUUUCAGAGGCCGUGAGAAAUACGCUCUCGAUCAAACAUUAGGUUUCUAUCAUCGUGAUCCCAACAAGCCCCAUUUGGUUAGUCCAUUGGGUAACCAGGUGGUAUGUGGUGGUGGUACCAUUGCCAUCACUGCCGAAUUUAUGCAAACCGCCACACCCAUUGAGGUACAAUGGUUCCGUCAACGUCAAUCGUUGGCCGGUCAGCCGGGUGUUAAGACAUUCUAUGAACGUGGUGUUUAUACGCUGGCCAUUAUGAAUGCCGGUCCCGAACAUGAGGGUAGCUAUACGUGCCGAGCUCAAAAUGCCUUUGGACGCAUUGAAUCACAUGCCACCGUGGAUGUGGCCAUCGGAGUGGAGAAAGAUGAAAGACCACCUCUGUUUUUGUCCAGGCCUGAAACGGAAAUGAAAAUUGCUGUCGGAGAUCCCUUCUCGAUUUCGUUUAGAAUUGCUGGAGAUCCAAAACCAAAGUUGACUUUCAUGAAGGGCACCAAAGACAUCACCAAAUCCGAUCGCGUCAGCAAAGAAGUUUCCGAUGACUAUACCCGUUUCACCGUACAAAAAUCACAGAUUUCCGAUUCGGGCACCUAUUUCGUUGUGGCCCGUAAUAAUAAUGGCACUGACAGAAUAUUUGUUACAGUUGAUAUUAAGACACCCAAAAAGAAAGAUUAAGCCUUACUGUGUGCCACUU